AUGGAUGAUCUUAUUUGUUGUUCAUCUACAUUGGAGGGUCAUAUCUCUCUUUUGGAAAAUACCUUUCAAGCGCUACAAGCCGCAGGUCUUACAUUUAAACCAUCAAAGGUACAACUUGGGCCAAAGGAAGUGAAGUAUUUGGGGCAUAUUCUCUCCGCAGAUGGCAUACGUGUAGUGAAGUCGGUAGCGAAACGCUGGGGUCCGAAACAUGAUGAAGCAUUUGCCGAAGUGAAACGAUUAGUCACCAACGCUCCUGUUUUGCAUUUUCCGGACUUCUCUAAAGAGUUUGUUAUCCACGUAGACGCACCUGAAGUGGGAGCAGGAGCAUUCCUGGCACAACAGAAUGGCGAUGACGUGAAUAUCGUAGCAUACUUUAGCCAGCGAUUCAGCAAAAGCCAACAACACUACUCUACCGCCAUGAAAGAAUGCUAUGCUGUUGCUAGCAAUUCAACACUGGCGUCCUUAUUUAUGGGGUAG